AUCCAUCCUACUACCUCCUUCAAGCACAAUCAAUAAGGCCGAACAACUUCAUCAACCCCAACAUCAAUCAUUUGAACAAAAAACAAGAUAAUCACACCAAAAUGGCCACCAAAACCCCCAUCACAACUGACAAAGCCCCCAAGGCCCUCCCCGGCAUCUAUUCCCAAGCCAUUGUCUCCAACGGCGUCGUCUACUGCUCUGGCUCGGUGGCUAUGGACGCAGAAACGGGCAAGAUCAUUGAUGGCGAUAUCAAAGCGCACACGCACCAAUGCAUCAAAAACCUCGGAAACGUUCUUGAAGCCGCCGGUAGCGAUCUCACCAAGGUCCUGAAGGUUACUGUAUUCUUGUCGAAUAUGGAUGACUUUGCCGAGAUGAACUCUGUCUAUGUGCAGUACUGGGGGGAUGUUAAGCCUUGUCGGACAUGCGUGGCGGUUAAGACUUUGCCCCUGAAUACGGAUAUCGAGAUUGAGUGUAUUGCUCAUCAGUAGAGGAUAUAUAUAUUUAUAUCAGGUGAUGAAAGUGCCUGGUGGGGAAAACAGAAAUCGUACCAGCAUCAUUGUUUUCAAAUCGGCGCUUGUUGACCGAAAUUCUUCAAACAUAUAUUAUGUAUAUAUAAAAUUCACAGAAAACGGAUGCGAGGAAUGCGAUGCUGCUAAGGAAGC